AUGGUUUGGGCAUUUUCGGAAAAUGGGAGAUACCCCCUCUUGCAUUUAUGCUUUAUGGUUUGCAGCGUGUCGACUCGGCGUAGUCGACGUUCUUAGAUGCGUUCCUUUUCUUUCUUCUCUGUCCCGCUUGGGCUGGCAUAUCUUGCCUUGCUGGCCGGCUCGGGGAUUUACUCUGGCCUCUCUCGAGAUGAGGCGGAAUGCAUGAGGCCUGAGCGGAUGGGAUAUCCGCUGCUCAAGGUACGAAGUACUGGCUUUUUUUUCAUCGAGCUUCACUCGCCGCAGGUCUCUCCAUAGAUCGCGGGUACAUACUGUAAAACAGAUUCAGAAUUGAUCAGCCACACAUAGUCAGCGGAAUCUCGCAUAUACAUCCAGAUCAAUCUGCCCA